GGUGUUGGUGAACGGUAGCAAAGCGUAAAAACAUCUUAUAUAUCAGGAAAACGAAAAGAAAAAUUCUGUGGUAACAGAAAAUCAAUAGCUUAAAACAAAAAAGAAAAAAAAAAAAAACAAAAAAAAGAAAAAAGAAGUCCUCUUAUAAUUUUCUCUUGAAACCUAUUGAAACCAACGUGCAAUAAUUUUACAGUGAUUCCUGCUUAUGCAUUAUUUGUAUGUGUUCGCAUAUGCAAUAAAACGGAAACAGCAGAAUAACUACAAAUUUAUAUAUAAAUAUGGUAUUUUUCUCGGUGGCUGCUACCACUACCAGUACUACAACUACUACUACUAGCACUACUGCUACUACUACUACUACUACUACGACUACUAUUAUUCUUAUUUACUACCACAACUUAACAAAACAUAAAGCAGCUAUAUAUAUGCGUAUAGACCUGUUAUAGAGCUGCUGCUAAAGAAUAAUUGUGAAUAAAGAACAGAGCCCCAGCAAGGAUAACAGGAAACAAGCUGAAAACACACACAGACUAUGGCUGUAUGAAAUACAAGCCGUCACAAGCCGUCACAAACCGUCACAAAUAUAUACACGACGAGAAGCUUUUGGGCGUAGCGAAUUCUUGGGAUGCAUGUCAUUUCCGUUACUCACUCUGUUGCAUCAGGAAAUCAAUGGCUCUUAUAAAUUACAAUCGCAAGAAUGUGUAAAUAAACCGCAACCGGCCAUACCAUUGAUAGCGUCUCAUCAUUUCUAUGGUAAUAUAUUACAACAUCAACAACAUCAGCAACAGCACCAACAACAACAACAACAACAACGACAGCAACAAUCAGAUCAGCAGCAACAAUUAUCGUUGAAUCAGAAUCGAAUAACAGCAAAAGCAACAAGAACAACGUGCUCGGUAAACAUGGCUAACACUUUUACACAAAUGCGUAGCAAUGAUGACGAUGUCAUAAGCAUCGAUAGCAUGGCUCAGCCAUUGGCGGUCGGUGAGCACCAAGCACCCAUGGUUUUAAGUAAGAAGGCUUUACAUCAACGCGAUGCUGAUGAGAACUUAUUUUUACGUUUCUUGGAAUUGGAUCCACCAAACAGUACUGAAGCGACAACGGCCGGUCAGGCGACACCAGCAGCAAGUGAUCGGCGUUCUUCAGGUUCAAAACCUGUGGGUCGUACACCGUUUACUAUGACCAAAAAGUUGACGCGUACAGCUGAGCGCGGUUUCGGAUUCUCUAUUGUCUGGACUCAUCCGCCAAGAGUUGAAAAAAUUGAAGCAGGCCUAUCGGCAGAUCGCAGCGGAAUAUUACCCGGUGACUAUGUUAUAUUCGUUGAUAAGCAUAAUGUGGUAACAAUGCCAGAAGCUGAUGUUCUGAAUUUAAUACGAUCACAGGGUGCCACCCUAACAUUGGAGAUUUUCAGAAGGUCAGGUUCUGGUACGGCGAUUGGCAGUGCUAUGGGUGGUGGUGCCGCCAGUGCCGCCGGUACUUCACGUUCAUAUGCGACUAAUACGUUACCAAUGAACGGCAAAAUGUCACGCAUACCAAGCGGUAACAGUAAUUACGCGGCCAGCGAAGAAUUGUGUAUUAAUGCGAAUAAUGUAACGAAACGUACGAUUGUUGGUCCAGCAGCAGCGCAACCAGCAUCGGUGGCACGGCCACCUACUGCCUGUUCAAUGGGCACCAGUUCAUCGAUAGAGGCUGCAAAGAGACGAUUAAAUUUACCACAAGUCACCUUUAGUAAAGAGUCCAUCGCCCCGAUAAGCGACAAUCGUCGCAAAUUUCUCUUGCAGCUGAUAAGUCGCGAACAAAAUUUUAUGUCCGCUUUACAUUUUGGUAUGCAACGUUUUGUGCAGCCCUUGCAAGAGCGCAAGGACCUGAUCACACCGAAUGAUCAUCGAACUUUAUUUCAAAAUAUCGAUGAAUUGCUACGAAUAUCUGAGGAUAUAUUAGAGCAGUUGUGUCACGAUGAUCAAGAGCCGCAAAUGAAUUUCGCUUCAAGAGUGUACUUGUCUAAGACAACUGCCAUCUGUGCAGCGUAUAAAAAGUAUUGUAAUGGCAUUAAAAGGGCCGAUUGUGUGCUGGUUAAUAAAUCACGUCAAACAGGAUCCGAAUUUAUAUCGUUUAUCACCGAACCACCAGUGCCGCGUAAGAGACCGGAUCUCACUAUGUUCAUACACCGUCCAUUACAGCAUUUUCGCGAAAUUUUAAAACUAAUGCAAUUGUUAGCCUCCAACUGUCAUGUAGAUACAGAGGAACAUAAGAAUUUCACUACGGUGAUAAGCGAAUUGCAAGCAGCUUAUCGCGAGAUUACUGUUAGUAGUGGUCUCAUGGAGCCCUUGGGCGAGGGUAGACCUUUACUGACUUUGCAAGACCUCGAGUCACGUAUGGUUUUCACGAAAUGCAAACCAUUCACUUUGGCUGUGCAAGGAAGACAAUGGAUUUUCGGAGGUGAUUUGUCUAGAGUGGAGGGUAGAUCGGUGAAACCUUACUGGACUUUAUUAUUCAGUGAUAUUAUAGUAUUUGCCAAAGUUAGCAGAGAUCGAGUUUUAUUUAUAACCGAAGAGCCAAUACCAAUCGCAAACAUCGUUGACUCUUGUUUUCAUAUGAGAAAAAAAACUACCGAGUUUCGUUUGACAGUGGAUCCUAAUGGUCGUUUGGCAGAGAGUCCUACCGGUUAUUGCGCACCGGACUUAACAAAAACUCCCAAAAAAGGAGCCAGACGUAAGAGCUUAAUAUUGAGAGCGCCUUCCCUAGAAUUAAAGGCUGUCUGGCAAAAUUUAUUACAACGGCAAAUCUUCUUGGUAAACGCUGCUUUAGGUUCUACACCACUCUCUAGCCCUUUGGAUUCCCCCGAUGUCUUGAAUACCUUGGUGCCUCUCAGUGAUAUUGGCGUAGCCUCGGCUUCAAUAGGUUCUAUCAAACUCAGUUCCAUGGAUAGCAUAAACAUACGAAAUCAGCAUCAACAACAACAACAGCAACACCAACAGAGUAAUCGCUUGUCAAACGUAUCGGAACAAAUUGAAAAGUUGAUUGACGAGAAAUGUCGUUUUCUAAAUAAAACUGGCACAGCAAAGUCGAGUGCAUUGCAUUUGGCCAAUUGGAUGAAGGGUCAAUUAGAUAAGCAACAGGAGCAGGCUCGUUUAGCCGCUGCACGUUCGCCAGAGACUUUGGCUCCAGAAGACGAGCAUAUCUUGUAUACGGAUAGCGAUCAAGACGAAAGGAUUACGUAUUGGACUCGUCAGCAAUUGGAGAAGCGCACCAAAGAACUAAAUUUGGUCAAAGAAAAUGGUUAUAUACACGCUAAGACCAAUGGAUUGGGCAAGCGCUUGAGUGGAGUUGAGGAGAUAAGCAUGAGCGAUAACUUCUCAGAAGGUGUGUCGCAGUCACACAGUACCACAUCAGAUAGCCAAAUAACAGUACGUUCUAGUCCCAUUGUACUCGAUAAAUUAGCCGUUUGCCGGCAUUGCCAUAAAAAUUGCCAACAAAAUCAAAAUUCAUCCCCAUCAGCUGUAGGGAAAACCGGAGUUGGGCAAACUCAACCGUCAUCACCACCACCACCUUGUACGAAAUCCAUAAAAACUAAUCUGGAAGAUUCAUCUAACACCACCGGCUUAAUUAGUAAUUCAUUGAAAGUUCAGCACAGUCAAUCAUCGCCAAAUCGUUGUUGUAAGAUAAACGGUAGUGGUAGUCGAGCAAGUAGUGUAACUAGCAUUUCAUCUAGUACCGUAACUGGUGAACAUCCUAGUGAGCGGUCAUCAUCGAAAUUAAUAGCCAGUAGUAGUAAACGUGAGACAGGCGAUACUGAAAGUGAUGUAGCUCAACUCAUAAGUGACGAUGUUUAUCAAUCUGAAGCCACCGACGAGGGAGGACUCGCCAGUAGUAUCAGCGGCAGUAGCGGAGUGGAGGAAGUCCGCAAACUCAUCACCCACAACAUCCAUAAAUUACGAAUUUUAGAUGAACACAAUGAGGCCAACGUUCUAUUAAAUGGCCACUAUUUAGGCUCGGGAGGGGGCGAUGAGUGCACACGUAACGAAAAACAACAAAUGGAAGAAGAAGCCGCUAAACUAGCUUCGCCGAAACGUUUUAGAAUAACACCUCAGGUCGCCAAAGAAGUUGAUGAAAAUAAUGAGUUAGCCGAUCAGGAAGUGCUCACUACUGUAACCGUAACCGAGAUAGCUACCGUGGUUAAAAAUGAACCUCCCUCCCAAACACCUAAAUCUCCUUCUAAGCCACAAACACCUAAACCGACAAAAUCACCUAGCAAAUUAAGCCACAGUUCCGGUAGUCCUUGCAAACAAUUCGUGCCAUGUAAUUGCCCAUGCAGACCAGCCGAUUUUGCCAAUACCACCCUCAGCCCAGAUGAAUUAGAACACGAAACUUGCAAGCUCUUAGAGUCCCCAAGAAAGUCACCUGUUUUAACUUCCAAUAAGCAGGAAGACAAACUGGAAGAACUUUAUGAAAACAUACACAAAAACUGCAAAUGUAUUUGUGGCGGUGAAGAAAGUGACAAAACUGAUCCACAGGAAGAAGAUAAUGUUGAGAAUCAUGCCAUCAAAGCUGAUUCUGAUGAAGAAGAAGAUCUCUCCCUGAUGUUAAUAGGGUUAGCUCAACUUACUCCAGCGGCUAAGCUACUAAAUAUGAAAACUCCUACUGCUCCCAUGCCAACACCUACAACAACUAGCUCGUGCUAUAUAGAAAAUGGUUUUGUUCCUACCAUAGCUGUAGUACCGCCGACACCAGAUUCAGUGCUUACUAAGACUUCCACUAAUGUUUGGGAUAACAGCGGAACUCAUAUGUCUGUAACUACUAGCACGGCUACUAAUCUGCUUAUUAGUAAUGUUCCGCGGCAAGCCAUCAUCGAAAAUAUACCUGAAGAUUCUUGUGAUGAAUCGCCUUUAGACGAAGAACCACCAUAUCGUCCUAUGAACACCACUCUACGGCGAUACGGUACUAUGUCCAGCUUAGAAAGAUUACCUUCGGAAGAUCGUUUAGAGCCUGCGGACAACAUGCCAGAAUACCAGGAUGACGAUGAAGAGGAUGAUGACGAUGACGAGGAGUUAAUGGAUAAGGCACGGGCUGAUAAUAUCGAAUUGGACAACGAAAUCCGUGUAGUAACUAAAGCUCUUUACAAUCACCGCAACGACGACGACGACGACGAAGACGAUGACGAUGACAUCGAUGAAGAAGCUGACGAAUUAUUAUCUGGGGCUAAAUCAAACGGUGCAGCUUGGGCAAGUCGCGCUUCAACUUUCGUAGCAGGAAAAAUGUCAUUCUUUGAAGAAUCUCGAGCCUUUAUAGACAAAUACUUAGGACGCUGGAACCAAGAUCAUUCCUCAAGUUCGAUACAAAAUAAUAAUUCAGAAACCGACGAGCAAAUGGAUGAAUGCACUUCAGGUGCUACUUCCGGAGAAGAGGUUUGGGGCACUCCUACCAGUGGAGGCGAUAAUGAUGAACUUCACUUAGCAAAUUCAGAAAAUACACAUUCCUCACCCACCAAAUCUAGUAAUUCACUGAACGACGAUGAUGAUACUGAACUUAUGAUGGAUGAACUAUUGAUGGCCCCGCCCAUGACCGCCAGUACCAUACGAGGCUUACUACCACGAUUUGAUUUUUACAGACGUCGUCUAGAACCACUAUUCGAGGAGGAAACGGAAAGUGAUGAAGAGAAGACUCAACAGGAAAGUGAAGAAUUAAAAAAGGGGGAAACAACGACAAAUGGCCACUAUUUAGAGGAUUCGGAAGCUGGAAGCUCAAGCGACGAGGAUCCUGUGAACGAAGCGGACUACGACGAGGAGGACGAGGAGGAUCUGACCUCGACGGAGGAUCGUCUGCAGCCGAAUCUGCAAACGACCAUACUGGGGCCACGACCUCUGCGGAAUCCCACGGCCAACCACAGCCUGCCGUCAACGGUACUGAAGGCCUCAUCCUGCGAGUACCUACUGGAACCGCGUGCUGCGAAACCAUUAAUAACGUCAGCAACGAUCAACAACAACGAUCUCGUAACUGCGUGCAAUUCCGAAACCGUGACGCCGAUUAUAUCCUCCAUGACGUUAACAACGACGAUGACCACCUCCUCAACAACAGACAAAGAUGUUUCUAUGAAAGUCACAGCUGCAACGACACAGAGUCUGGUUCACUCACAGACAUCUACAACAACCAGCAACGUGAACGUCACUAUCAAGCAAGAGAAAGACGAAUGUUACUCCAGAAUAGAGGAGGUAGCGAAGAACAAAACAAUGUCUCGGCCAGCGAAGUUUAUACCACCACCACCACCACCACGACGUCUCUUAUUGACACGAACAAAUCUAAAAACAGGUGGACCGUACACAGCAACAACAAAAGCACCUUUGCCUCCAGUAAGAUCUGGCGCUUCUGCUGACAAUGGCUAUUCAGCGGGUGCAGACGAAAGCGUCGACCCCACCGUUGGCAUCAUGAACGUCACACCUGCCUCCAAAAUGACGCCGAGGAAAAGUCAACGACCGGAUGUUUGCAAUAUCAAAACUUCCGAAGAAAAUACCGAAGUAACGAAGGUACGACCAUCGUCAACAAUAAUCGAGACGUCACUAUUGGGAAUGGUCGAGAAAAAGCCAGUCUCAACCUCAUCAACAACAGUUUCGAUGACGAACGAGAAGGAAAAAGUACCGCAACCAAAACCCAGGCAGACGAAGCAACAAACGCAGACUACCGAUAUAAGCAGUCGGGGAGACGAAAGAACUACAAAAUCUCCAUGUGCCCUAGCAGGAGUUGGCUCCGGUUUAAGUCCACGUCUAGAGAUGCGUUUGGCACUCAAUCACGAUAUUCUGGGCGACGAAGACUUGAUAUGCUACGAUCCUGGACCAGAUCUAACAACUAUUCUAGGGCACGACCUCUCCACAUUUCACCGUCUGACGGGUCGCGAUUUAUUGAAUCGCUCGGCCACGAAUCGUGUUCAACCAAAAGAGGCUGUCAUAUCGUACUCUCAACAGCGAAACUCGAAGAUGGAUACGCCCACCGUGAAUCGGCGAACACGCACCAGCCUGCAGUUACAACAGCAGACGCUGACAACAGCAGCCUCAGCAACGCCUUUCGUUGGUUCGGCACGUGUCGGCGGCGUUCCACAACACCUGCAGCCAAAUCGAAAUACAUGGAGCAGUUCUGCAUCUGCGGUUCCGAGCAGAGACGGGAACGUAAACGUCGCCGCCAAUUGCAAAGAUUACAGUUACAGCAGCGACGAAAACAAAUUAAGCGAUCUGGAAAUCUUAGCGAGACGCGAGAAGAUAUAUUGCAUGUCUCAAUUGAAGAGUGGCUCACUAGCCAGAACGGGGACAGCGACAACGACGAUGACAACGUCAAUGACGGCGACGAUGAAGAGCAACAAUUUAUCGAGCAGCAGUCAAGCUCUAGCGAUGAUGACAAUGACUACUACUACGACGGAAGAUGUGAAUGAAGGAACAUCCCAGCGUACACGCAAAUUGGUACGUGAUGAAACGGCUCUAAUGGAUUUCAGUAAAGCCAAUAAAUUAUUCAAUUUUAUCAAACGUCGCAACUCGGAAUUAUCUUCCUCGGCUAAUUGUUCACAAAUCUCGCUUAAUGAUUCUAAUGCUAACAGCACACCGGUACAUCGGGGUUCACCAGUAUCGCCCAGAAAGGAUAAUGAUAAGCCUUCCCUUAAUCGUCGCCUUUGGAAGCAUUUAACCAAACGACGCCGCGCUAAUUCCGUGUCAGAAAUUGCUGCCAGUUAAUUACUUUAUCUUUUUUUUUUUUUUUUUUUUUUUUUUUUGCAGAACCGCUUUAUGGUCUGUGGAGAGUUUUGGAAAGUUUUUACUUGCUUUUUUGUCAAUUUAGCUAGAACUGUAGUUAGAGUCGGUUAGAGUUGGGAUAUAUGUAAGCAUUUAGAGCAAUUUUUUUCAAUGUAACGAAAAUGAAAGCUAAUUUACUUUGUGAAUAGAUGAAGUCGAAAGAGCCUUAAAGUUUCAAAGUCGUAGAAUUGAUUUAAUUUCAAAGUGAUGAAUACCUAGAUUUUAUUGUACAAACAGGAUAAAAAACUAAACGUAAAUUAAAGUUUUAUUACAUAAAUAAAAAGUUUUCAUUUAUCCUCUUUUCUUUUCUUUUUUUUUUCUUGGUUAAGACUUAAGCGACAUUUUUGAUAGCGUGCCGUGGAGUUAGUUGAUUUUAAAGUUUUUUUUUUUCCUUUUUUUCUAUGUAUAAUAAAAACUAUACGAAAAAUCGCUUGUCCAUCUAGUUUUAUAAAAAAAAAAAAAAAAAAAACAAAAAAACAAAA